AUGCGGGCGGGCGCGCGGCGGCGCGCGGCGCUGGUGGUGCUGGCGGCGCUCGCGGCCUGGGGCGCGCGGGCCCAGCGCCCCGGGGACCCCGCGGAAAACGGGACGCGUUGCAUCCUCUCGUCUUCAUCGGAGUUUCCUGAAGGAUUUUUCACACCGCAGGAGAGGAAGGAUGGAGGAAUCGUUAUCUACUUCAUAAUUAUACUGUACAUGUUUCUGGCCGUGUCCAUUGUGUGCGAUGAUUACUUCCUACCUUCCCUAGAGAUCAUCAGUGAAUGCCUUGGCCUCUCACAGGAUGUAGCUGGAGCCACUUUCAUGGCUGCUGGAAGCUCUGCUCCAGAGCUUGUCACUGCUUUUCUAGGAGCUUUUGUGACAAAGGGAGAUAUCGGGGUCAGCACCAUCCUUGGAUCAGCAAUAUAUAAUCUUCUUGGUAUUUCUGCAGCUUGUGGGCUGUUUUCCAGUGUGGUUUCCAGGCUGUCCUGUUGGCCGCUGUUCAGAGACUGCCUGGCAUAUACCAUCAGUGCAGCAGCCGUCCUUGCCAUGAUAUCUGACAGCAGAAUUUACUGGUAUGAAAGUGCAUCCCUAUUAUUGAUAUAUGGGUGUUAUAUUCUGGUACUAUGUUUUGACAUUAAAAUCAACCAAUACCUCAUGAAAAAGUUCAGUCCCUGCUGCACGUGUUUUACAAAAGCCAUGGAAGAGAGCACGGAGCAGCAGCCACUGGUUGGAUGGAGGGACGAGAGUGGACCUCUCAUUCGCCAGCAGUCAAGGACAGACAGCGGCAUUUUUCAAGAUGAGCUGGACUACUCUCAACUUUCCACAAGCUUACACGGGCUCGAUGAAAUCUCUGAAGAUCAUCCAAAUGUCUUUACCAUGCCUGAAGCAGAUAUGAAGAGAAUUUUGUGGGUGUUAUCCCUUCCUAUUAUCACACUACUCUAUUUAACUAUCCCAGAUUGCAGAAGACAGUUUUGGAGGAACUGGUUCAUGGUGACAUUUUUAAUUUCAGCAGCAUGGAUUUCUGCAAUAACUUAUGUUCUUGUAUGGAUGGUAACAAUAGCAGGUGAAACGCUGGGAAUCCCAGAGUCAGUCAUGGGUCUCACCCUACUGGCAGCAGGAACCAGUGUACCAGAUACAGUUGCAAGUGUGCUGGUGGCUCGAAAAGGAAAUGGAGAUAUGGCUAUGUCUAACAUCGUAGGAUCCAAUGUAUUUGAUAUGCUCUGUUUGGGAAUACCCUGGUUUAUAAAAACUGCCUUCAUAAAUACAUCAGGACCCAUAGAAGUGAACAGCAGUGGUCUGACAUACACAGCCAUUUCUCUUAUCUGUUCUGUUGGUUUCAUUUUUCUGGCAGUUCACCUGAAUGGCUGGAAAAUAGAUAAAAAAUUGGGGACAAUUUGUCUUGUCCUAUACUUAGUAUUUACUGUAUUAUCAAUUUUAUAUGAACUUGGCAUCAUAGGAAACAAUCCUACAAGGGUCUGUGGUAACUAGUUUUAAUCAGUGAUUAUGCUGAUGAAAAAAAUAAAAGCAGGAGAAAAAACCCCAGUUUCUUCAUUUAGUCAAAAUAAAAUUUCAAAAAACAACUCCAAACUCCCAUUGGGCUCUAAAUCUUAUAUACAGAACUAAGUCAUAUCAUUAAAGUAAUAUUAAGUAGAACAAAAACAUCACAGCCUAACUGGAGCCCUUUCUUUUAGAGUCAAGAAUUACAGUAUGACUACAACGCACAUAUAAAACCAAAAUUCUGAAAAAGACAUCUACUUCUUACAUUACAAUGUUGAUACACACAUUUGGCGGGGAAAAAAAAAAUCAGAAAACACUAAAUAAAUCCCACUAUGCAAUCUGGAGAUUAACAGAGAAAAUGGCUUAUUUUAUUAAAAACAGUAUAACCAUUCAUUUAAACUGAAUGACUAGAGACACUUGGCCUAAUUUUCCAAAGGCACUGAGCAUCCAAAGCAUCCCCAGUCUAUAGGGACCUGCAGGUGCUCAGUGCCUCUAAAAAAAACAACAAAAAUCAGGCGAAUUGUCUUUAAAAACCAAACAUAGUAAGAUUCAGUUAACAAGUAUCACAGUAUAUUAAACACUAUACUGUUAAAGGCUGGUGGGAUUUAAAAGUUCCUUUUUACAGCUUUUGUAAGCAUACAAUGUUACUAAAAAUGACUUACUAAGACAGAGAAGCUAAACAGACAUAGGAAUGUUCCUGAACACACAGUUUUAAAUUAUGCAUUGCGAUCCAAGCGGACAUCAAUUUCUCUGCCACUGAUUUUUAUGCCGUUCAUUAUCCUACAGGCCUUUUCAGCAGAUUCUGGUGAGUCAAAUCUGACUGUUCCACAGCCCUUUGAUUUUCCAUUCUCCAUUUUUAUUUCUGCAAACAUUACAUGACCUGAAUAAAUAAGUUAAACAGCAGUUA